AUGUCAGAGUUGAGAGCCUUCAGUGCCCCAGGGAAAGCGUUACUAGCUGGUGGAUAUUUAGUUUUAGAUACAAAAUAUGAAGCAUUUGUAGUCGGAUUAUCGGCAAGAAUGCAUGCUGUAGCCCAUCCUUACGGUUCAUUGCAAGGGUCUGAUAAGUUUGAAGUGCGUGUGAAAAGUAAACAAUUUAAAGAUGGGGAGUGGCUGUACCAUAUAAGUCCUAAAAGUGGCUUCAUUCCUGUUUCGAUAGGCGGAUCUAAGAACCCUUUCAUUGAAAAAGUUAUCGCUAACGUAUUUAGCUACUUUAAACCUAACAUGGACGACUACUGCAAUAGAAACUUGUUCGUUAUUGAUAUUUUCUCUGAUGAUGCCUACCAUUCUCAGGAGGAUAGCGUUACCGAACAUCGUGGCAACAGAAGAUUGAGUUUUCAUUCGCACAGAAUUGAAGAAGUUCCCAAAACAGGGCUGGGCUCCUCGGCAGGUUUAGUCACAGUUUUAACUACAGCUUUGGCCUCCUUUUUUGUAUCGGACCUGGAAAAUAAUGUAGACAAAUAUAGAGAAGUUAUUCAUAAUUUAGCACAAGUUGCUCAUUGUCAAGCUCAGGGUAAAAUUGGAAGCGGGUUUGAUGUAGCGGCGGCAGCAUAUGGAUCUAUCAGAUAUAGAAGAUUCCCACCCGCAUUAAUCUCUAAUUUGCCAGAUAUUGGAAGUGCUACUUACGGCAGUAAACUGGCGCAUUUGGUUGAUGAAGAAGACUGGAAUAUUACGAUUAAAAGUAACCAUUUACCUUCGGGAUUAACUUUAUGGAUGGGCGAUAUUAAGAAUGGUUCAGAAACAGUAAAACUGGUCCAGAAGGUAAAAAAUUGGUAUGAUUCGCAUAUGCCAGAAAGCUUGAAAAUAUAUACAGAACUCGAUCAUGCAAAUUCUAGAUUUAUGGAUGGACUAUCUAAACUAGAUCGCUUACACGAGACUCAUGACGAUUACAGCGAUCAGAUAUUUGAGUCUCUUGAGAGGAAUGACUGUACCUGUCAAAAGUAUCCUGAAAUCACAGAAGUUAGAGAUGCAGUUGCCACAAUUAGACGUUCCUUUAGAAAAAUAACUAAAGAAUCUGGUGCCGAUAUCGAACCUCCCGUACAAACUAGCUUAUUGGAUGAUUGCCAGACCUUAAAAGGAGUUCUUACUUGCUUAAUACCUGGUGCUGGUGGUUAUGACGCCAUUGCAGUGAUUACUAAGCAAGAUGUUGAUCUUAGGGCUCAAACCGCUAAUGACAAAAGAUUUUCUAAGGUUCAAUGGCUGGAUGUAACUCAGGCUGACUGGGGUGUUAGGAAAGAAAAAGAUCCGGAAACUUAUCUUGAUAAAUAA